AUGGGUAUUACAAGUGUAAAAGCUGCAUCGACAGUUGAUUUAACAGUAAAACAAAUUUCUCUGUUAAAAGGUUUUAUUCGUGACUGUCCAUCGGGACAAUUAGAUCAGGCACAAUUUACUAAUGUUUAUCAAAAAUUAUUUUAUCAAGGAAAUCCAGAUAAAUUUUCUAAAUAUGUUUUCAAUACAUUAGAUCAAGAUCGUAAUGGUUUCAUUGACUUUAACGAACUUUUACUGGCUGUUGCUGUUAGUAGUCAAGGUAACUUGGAAGAUCGCUUGGAUGCCGCUUUUGAUAUGUAUGAUACAUCGGAUGAUGGUCGCAUCAGUAUCGAAGAAAUGACGAAUAUGCUUCAAGCUAUGUCUAACCUUGUGGGUAUAAGUGAUGAUGAUGUUGACCAACGUGCUCAUGAAAUAAUAAAAGAAUUAGGUGGUAAAGAAGAUAGAGGAUUAUUGAGACAUGAGUUCAUUCAAGGGUGUAUGAACAAUGCGGCUAUGCGUAAAAUCUUAGCACCAAAUGUCUAG